AUGGACGGAAAUACCGAUUGGGUAGCUCAAAACCUACAAAGACAGCGAAAGAUUCUCGAGGAGAAACAACGACAGAAGCGGAUUACAUCAGCGACGAUUCGUUGGAAUAAGAUGCCAUGCACUGAUGUGAACUCUAUGGACCCAACACGUGGGUAUGUGAAACUCACCACGAUCGGAAUCGUUGUGCAUAUCCGUAAUGGUUGA